AUAAGAACUCCAAAGUCUUUUUCAGGAUAAGCUCUCAUCGCUUGCAACUUUCACUCUUGGUCCCCGGAGAGCAUAGGGGGAUUUGCAAAAGAAAUGCUGAGUAAAAAAAAAAAUGAGAACAAAGGAGAGAAAGCAAGUAUAAGAUAUACUAAGUUUCUUAGGGAUACCCCAUCCUCUUGGUACCAAAGCCCUAUCAGCCUCUAUAGUCCGCUCUCAGUCGACAAAUAUAAAGCGAAAUUUUCAACUAUGACAGUUGGAGCGCAUUCUGGUAAUCAGCUUGGCAUUCGUGGUAAAAUAAUACCAACCCCGAUUGGGAGCAGGGGUCUCGCUCAAGGUAUAAGCUCCAUGAAAUUCCACAAGAGAGGCAUCUUCAUGGUGCACGUUUCUCCACAAUGCAAGAAAGCACAGCAAAAUCCUCUAACCAUUAGGUGACAAUCGCCCUGGGGUGAGUGAAAAAUAAUGGAGA